AUUUUUGAUGGUAUUGUAGAUAAGAAAAUAGGAUGUACUCAGCCACGUCGAGUUGCCGCUAUGUCAGUGGCGGCACGGGUGGCUCAAGAAAUGGGGGUGAAGUUAGGGAACGAAGUGGGUUACGCUAUUCGGUUUGAAGACUGCACGUCUGAAAGGACCAUUAUUAAGUAUAUGACCGAUGGUACUUUGCACAGGGAGUUCCUAUCUGAACCGGAUUUGCAGUCCUACAGUGUGAUGAUUAUUGACGAAGCCCACGAGAGGACUCUGCACACCGACAUUUUAUUUGGAUUAGUCAAGGAUAUCGCCCGGUUUCGUCCUGACCUAAAGUUACUGAUUUCCAGUGCAACCUUAGAUGCUCAGAAGUUUUCGGAGUUUUUUGAUCAAGCUCCUAUAUUUAGGAUACCAGGCAGACGCUUUCCGGUGGACAUUUACUACACAAAAGCCCCGGAAGCGGACUACGUGGACGCGUGCGUCAUCUCCAUCCUCCAAAUCCACGUCUCCCAACCUCUGGGCGACGUCUUGGUAUUCCUGACGGGUCAGGAGGAGAUCGAAACGUGCCACGAACUCUUACAGGACCGCAUCAGACGAUUGGGCUCGAAAGUUCGAGAAAUUCUCAUUUUACCGGUAUACGCGAACCUGCCGAGUGACAUGCAAGCGAAAAUCUUCGAACCGACGCCACCUGGCGCCAGAAAAGUGGUACUGGCCACCAAUAUUGCCGAAACGUCGUUGACCAUUGACAAUAUCGUUUACGUGAUAGAUCCGGGAUUUGCCAAGCAGAAUCAUUUUAAUUCCAGGACGGGCAUGGAGAGUCUGAUGGUGGUGCCGAUAUCGAAGGCGUCGGCCAAUCAGAGGGCUGGGAGGGCGGGCAGGGUUGCUGCCGGCAAGUGUUUUAGGUUGUACACAGCAUGGUCGUACAAGCAUGAGUUGGAGGAUAAUACAGUGCCGGAGAUCCAGAGGAUCAACUUGGGAAAUGCUGUUUUAAUGCUGAAGGCUUUGGGAAUAAACGACCUGGUACACUUCGAUUUCCUGGACCCCCCACCCCACGAAACCUUAGUACUUGCACUGGAACAAUUAUAUGCCCUAGGGGCCCUCAAUCAUCACGGCGAAUUAACUAAAUUGGGUCGAAGAAUGGCCGAAUUCCCGGUUGACCCGAUGAUGGCCAAAAUGCUGUUGGCCUCUGAAAAAUACAAAUGUUCGGAAGAGGUGGUGACUAUUACCGCGAUGUUGUCGGUUAAUGGAGCAAUUUUUUAUAGACCUAAAGAUAAGAUUAUACACGCUGAUACGGCCAGGAAGAACUUCAAUAGCAUAUUUGGAGAUCAUUUGAGUUUGUUGAACGUGUACAACCAAUGGCGGGACACGGAUUACUCGUUGCAAUGGUGCUAUGAAAAUUUCAUACAGUAUAGGUCCUUAAAGAGGGCAAGGGACGUAAGGGAACAACUGGUAGGUUUAAUGCAACGGGUCGAAAUUGAUAUGGUAUCAAACGUGAGCGAGACCAUAGACAUCCGAAAAGCGAUCACGGCCGGCUACUUUUAUCAUAUCGCCCGCCUAUCCAAGGGCGGACACUAUAAAACUGUGAAACAUAACCAGACUGUAACGAUUCAUCCCAAUAGCGCCCUAUUUGAGGAGCUUCCCAGGUGGGUUCUGUACCACGAGUUGGUGUUUACCACGAAAGAAUUCAUGCGUCAAGUGAUAGAGAUCGAAAGUAAAUGGUUGCUUGAAGUUGCCCCACAUUACUAUAAACCUAAAGAGUUAGAGGAUUCGACUAAUAAAAGGAUGCCGAAGAAUGUGGGGCGAAGUACGAGGACUGAAUGAUUUUUUUUUAAAUUUGAUUAUGUUAAAUAGAGAAGUGUAACAGUA